CCACUCAGCUCUGUGACUUCCCAUCUCAUCCACGGACCGUGCGUAAACUCCUCUCCACGUCUCCUGCGCACGGUGGCGACUGUGUGCAGCGCAGCCAUGGACUCCACUUCCACACGCACACUGCGUCUCUGAUGGUCUAAUGUGUCCCGGCUGGACGAGCAGAGCCAGGGAACAGACGAAGGAGCGAGAGGAACAACUCCUCGGAUCUGCGCUGAAAAUAGAAACCGCCUGAAUUAGACGAUUUCCUUCUGUGGCACCGGAAUUAAAACCAGCUCCUGCUCUUUUUUUUAAAAGUAUCCUGUCGGGGGUUUGGAGUCUCCUGGCUCCACUGAGAGGUCACGACAUGGAAGCACUCAACAGCAGGCGUGAGACACUCAACCAGUCGACCACGUUCACCUCAGUCUUCAACUCGAGCUGCCGCUUCGACGAGGAGUUUAAAUACAUCCUGCUGCCCGUGUCCUACAGUCUGGUGUUCGUGGUCGGCUUUGUGCUCAACGCUGCGGCCUUGUGGAUGUUCCUGAAGAUGCGUCCGUGGAACCCCAGCACGGUGUUCAUGUUCCACCUCGCCCUGUCCGACUUCCUGUACGUCCUCUCCCUGCCCACCCUCAUCUACUACUAUGCCAACCGCAGCCACUGGCCCUUCGGGCUGGCCGCCUGCAAAAUAGUGCGCUUCCUCUUCUACGCCAACCUCUACAGCAGCAUCCUCUUCCUCACGUGCAUCAGCGUGCACCGUUACCUGGGCAUCUGCCACCCCAUCAAGGCGAUGACCCUGGUGAAGUCUCGUCACGCCCACCUGGUGUGCGGGAUGGUGUGGUGCGUGGUGAGUGUGUGCUUGGUGCCCAACCUCAUUUUCGUCACCACGUCCAGGAGGGACAACGACACCCUGUGCCAUGACACCACCAGCCAGCAGGCCUUCGUGGAGUAUGUGGACUACAGCUCUGUUGUCAUGGUGCUCCUGUUUUGCAUCCCAUUCGCGGUCAUAGUGGUGUGUUACUUCCUGAUGGCGCGGACCCUGUGCCGGCCCAGGCGUGGAUUGUCUGGCAGCCAGCAAGGCAACGCCUCGCAUCAGAAAUCCAUCAAGCUCAUCAUCGUGGUGCUGGUGGUGUUCGCUGUGAGCUUCGUCCCGUUUCACAUCACGCGGACCCUCUACUACACCUCCCGCGUGUUAAAUCUGGACUGCAGAUUCCUCAACAUCGUCAACUUCACUUACAAGAUCACCAGGCCGCUGGCCAGUGUCAACAGCUGCAUUGACCCCAUCCUGUAUUUCCUGGCUGGGGAUCACUACCGCUCCAAAAUGAUGUCCGUCCUGACAGGAAACAGACGGACGAUGAGCAGCCGAACACCUGAACAGGCACAAACGCAGCCGAACAGUAACCGCGGCGUUGCCCUGGUCGAUUGUAACUCAGCCCUUAAAGCUACAGGCGAGGUGCAGAGAUGUUGAUACAUCUUCACUCAGGAGCACCUGAGAGGUCUGGAACUAGUGUGCAGUCAAAUGUACUUACAGUUUCUAAAAGUAACUAAACUCAGUUUGCAGCAGACAGUAUUCACACUGAACAGGGUUCCUCUCUGUGGGAAAUGGUGCCGGUGCUGAGAAGAACUGGGGGAAUAGUAAAUGAAGCAGUUUUCAGACGUUCUUUGGGAGAAUGUGCACAGAAUUGGGUCCGGACUUUCUCCGGAGUUUGACUUUCACACAUGACCAACGCAACAGGAGACUCUCCGCUCAGACGUGUUCACAACAACACAUCAUCUCUGCAGCGUUCAGGUGAGGAGUGGUGCAGCAGGCAGAUUAAAAAUGUCGAGGUGUAUGGCAGCAUUUUUUCUUGCAGAGAUAUUUGUUGCGGUUUUUGUUUUGUUUCUUCAACACGCCCACUCGCUCGCUGUGAAUCCUAAGGUGGAUCACCUGCUGUGUUCUGACAUUGGGACAUUCUCUGGAGACAAUACAGCCCAUCUGGACAAUGUCCUGAGAUUCAGUGCUUGUCUGAAAGCAGCGUGAGACAUGUGCCUUUAAGUAAAUCAGAUGUUUCGACAAGACGCCAGGACAAAGUUUUGAUUGGACACACACUGAUCUAAAUAUUAAAGUAAAGGUUACGUGUGAUAAAAAUGGACAUGCUGGUUCUCGUCUCAAAAUUGAGAAAGUUAUGAUGAGACAAUUCUUCCUGUUUUUAUCAGCAGUGUCUGUGUGUUACUCAGAAACUGCAGCUCCAGCCAGAGCGGCUCCGCUUCCAGCUGUUUUUGUCCUUCAGCGUUCACAGCUGCUGCCUCUGCUCAACCAUGAAGAAAAGAAGCAGUGGGACGGACCUGGAUAAGACAUCGAUUUUUUAUUUUUUUCAUUUUCAAACCACCCACGCCUCAUUAGAGGGAAAAGGGAUUUUCCUUUCUCCCCCUUUCACCUUUGGGAUAGAUGCAUGGAAUUUAAAGGCCUUUUUCUGAUAUCAGAAAUCUAAACUGAUACUUGAUAGUUUUGCAGGAUUGACAGUGACCAUACGAGUUACUGGGGUUGUUGUAUGUCACAUAUCAUGAACUGAUAAUACAGUGAAACUUUCUGUGAUAUCAUGGAAGACUAAUAAUCAUCCUCAAUAAAAGAGAAAUGGAUUUGUAUGAA